CCUUCAAGUAAUUACACAUAGGUUAAGAUUAUUUCUUUUACCGACCAUGUAUUAAAUACUAAAGUAGGUUAGAUAAAAGUCUGAGGUGUUAGGCUGAGAUAGUACAGAAAUAAAUUCCUUGAACUAAUCUUAAUUUGGCACAAUGAUAACACCACAAAUGAGUGAGUUUCUUCUACUUCUAAUCUUUAUGACUUAUGAGACAAAAUUAAGAGAACCAAGAAAAGUAAGAAAAUAAGAGAUGGAAAAUGUAAACAAAAGCUUAUAUCGAGAUGGUGUUGUGUUGGGUAUGGCUUCCUUGUUUGUGAUAUCUGCCAUUGUUGUAUCAAAGGGAUCUUACAAAAACAUGGCAUGGUCUAACAUCCACACGGCCACUACUCCAUUGCCACAGACGACUCAUAUCACAACUCCUACUUACAUGAAACAAAGAAAGGUUAAGGGAUCACAAAAUUUGGAAAUAAAUAACAGAACAAAAAGAGACAGAGAUGUAAAGUUGGAGAUGGUUGAAGGUGAUCUUACUACAGCCAGAGCGUUAAUAAGGGAAGCGAUUUCUAAGAAAUUUGUUAACCAAACUAAUUAUCCUCUUCAAGAUUCAGAUUAUGUUCCUGUAGGAGAAAUUUACAGGAAUCCUUAUGCCUUCCAAUGGAGUUACCUUCUGAUGGAGAAACUGUUUAAAAUAUUUGUGUAUGAAGAAGGAGAGCCCCCAAUAUUUCACAAUGGGCCUUGCAAGAACAUAUACUCCACUGAAGGAGUUUUCCUUAGUUUGAUGGAGAAGGAGACUCAUUUCAGAACUUGGGAUGCUGAUAAAGCCCACGUGUAUUUCCUACCCUUCAGCGUGGCCAUGAUUGUGGAAUACCUAUUUGAUCCCAUUAUACGUGACAAAGCUGUCCUUGAACGCACUGUUGCUGAUUAUGUUCACAUCAUUUCUCACAAGUACCCUUUUUGGAAUAGAAGCCUUGGAGCUGACCAUUUCAUACUUUCAUGCCAUGAUUGGGGUCCAAGAGCAACUUGGUAUGUGCACGAGCUAUAUUACAAUGCAAUCAGAGUACUUUGCAAUGCAAAUAUCUCCGAGCAUUUCAACCCCAAAAAAGAUGCAUCAUUCCCAGAAAUCAACCUCAAAUCAGGAGAAAUCAGAGGCCUCACGGGAGGCCUCCCACUCUCCGAGCGUAAACUCCUUGGAUUCUUCGCAGGUGGGUGCCAUGGCCGAAUAAGACCGGCGUUGCUGCAACAUUGGAAAGACAAAGAUGAAGAAUUGCAAGUGUACGAGUCUCUGCCUGAAGGAAUUUCUUACGAGGAGAAGUUGAAGAAGAGCAGGUACUGCAUAUGCCCCAGCGGCCACGAGGUGGCCAGUCCAAGAAUAGUGGAGGCAAUCUAUGCCGAGUGCGUCCCUGUGCUGAUCUCUCAGCGCUACGUGUUGCCUUUCAGUGAUGUUUUGGAUUGGGAGACGUUCUCUGUUCAAGUUUCUGUGAGUGAAAUACCAGAGCUGAAGAACAUCUUGUUGGGAAUAUCAGAGGGAAGAUAUUUGAGACUGCUAGAGGGAGUGAAGAUGGUACAAAAGCAUUUUGUGGUCAAUGAUCCUCCAAAGAGAUAUGAUAUGUUUCAUAUGAUUCUUCAUUCUAUUUGGCUUAGGAGAUUGAAUGUUAAGAUAAAUAAUACUAUAGUUAAUGAUUGAUCACAAUUAUAGUACAAUUUUUUAGAACUUUUUGUUAUUAAAACUUAACAGAUAUAAGCAUUAAUUCACUUCAAUAAUCAAACAACAAUCAUAAAUAA